AUGGCGGGCAAUCAAGGUGAAGCUGCCUCUUAUUACGCCACGCAGCAACAAGGUCCUAACCAAUACGGACAACCUCAAUACGGACAGUCUCAAUAUGGUCAACAGCAGUAUGGACAGCCUCAACAAUAUGCGCAGCCUCCUCCUUCUGGACCGCCCCCAAAUAAUGGAUAUGGGAACGAGAAGCCUAUGUUUGACCAGACAUUCAAGUUAGAACGUCCGAAAUACAAUGACCUUUGGGCUGGUAUUCUCUUCCUUCUUGUCGUCGCGGGUUUUGUUGCUGUUUCUGGUAUCUCAAUCAACGGCUAUGCCUCCACGAAACACUUCCAAGGAGGUGGAAUCUAUGAUUCCGGAUCGCAAGUCGGGCUCAAUACUAACACUCUCAUUCUAUUCGUAUUCUGUCUUUGUGUCGCUGUUGUAUUUAGCUAUGUUUACGUACUGCUGGCUCGUCAGUUUCCAAAACAGUUCAUCUGGAUAACCGGUAUCUUGAACAUCGUCUUUGGCUUAGUGACAGCCAUUUACAUGCUCUCACGCCACUACUAUUCCGGCGGUAUCGUUUACUUGAUAUUUGUCGCCUUCUUGAUCUUUGCUUUUAUUAGCUGGAUACCCCGCAUCCCAUUCAGCGCCCUCAUGCUUAAGACUGCCGUUGAUGUCUCUAAGUCAUAUGGACACGUCUAUCUUGUCAGUGCGCUCGGUGGACUCUGCGCGACUGCUUUCGCCGCUUGGUAUUCAGUUACAUUUGUAGCUGUAUAUGCCAAGUUCUCACCAGGUCAAAAUCCAGCGUGUGCAGAGGGCGCGGGUGGCUGCAGUACCGCCAAGGUUACGGGCUUGCUGGUUUUCAUUACCUUCGCCAUGUAUUGGAUCUCGGAGUGGCUGAAAAACACAAUCCACACGACGAUCUCCGGUGUAUAUGGUUCCUGGUACUUCCACCCGCAUAACCUACCCCGGGGUGCCACUAGAGGCAGUCUGAGGAGGGCACUCACCUACAGUUUCGGAUCGAUAUCGCUUGGAUCAUUGAUUGUCGCUAUCAUCAACUUCCUACGACAAUUAUGUUCCGUCGCGCGGCAAAAUGAAGCUGCCCAGGGGAAUAUCGUCGGAACCAUUAUGUUUUGUAUUCUCGGAUGCAUUAUUGGAAUCUUGGAUUGGGCGGUACAAUUCCUCAAUCGUUACGCUUUCUCGUACAUUGCUUUGUACGGAAAGCCCUAUAUCGCUGCUGCCAAGGAUACUUGGAAUAUGAUUAAGGACCGCGGUAUUGAUGCUCUGGUCAACGAAUGCCUCAUCGGACCGGUCCUCUCGAUGGGAGCUACGUUUGUCGGCUAUGCGACAAGUUUGUUGGCUUAUUUGUACUUGGUGUUCACGAAACCGGCGUAUAACUCCGACGGCUCAUAUACUCCCGUUGUUGUGGCGUUUGCAUUUCUUAUUGGACUGCAGAUUUGUAAUAUCUUCACGACGCCAAUAAGCAGCGGUAUUGACACAAUAUUCGUAGCGACUGCGUGGGAACCCCAGGCUUUAAUGCAAAACCAUCCCGAUCUGUACGACGCCAUGGUUCGAGUCUAUCCGCAUGUUCAGGUGGCCAUCCAUGCUUAA